GUUGUAUCUCUUUAGAACAAUUUAUCAAACAAUUUUUGUUAUCUCUCAAGUAACACACCAGACAAACACUCAUACAAAAUGAAAUUCGUCAUUGCAUUCGCCGCACUCUGCGCAGUUGCUCUUGCACUUCCAGUUGAAGACAAAGAUGUAGAAGUACAAGUUUACAACAAUGACAACAUUGGAACAGGUGAAUACAACUACAACGUUGUAUUAUCAGAUGGACAAUCACGAUCAGAAAGUGCAUCAUUAGCUCAAAUCGACAAAGACGAAACCGCCAUCCGUGUAUCUGGUGAAUUCAAAUACUUCUGGGAAGGUGUAGAAUAUUUAGUCAAAUACUACGCUGACGAAACUGGAUUCCACGCUGAAGGAGCCCAUUUACCAAAAGAACAAUAAGUAAGACCAACUGUCUUUCCCAACUGAGUUUCAAUAUAAAUUAUUUUGAGUAUAAUAAGUUUUCCACAUGAUCCCUUUCCCUAUGUUUUUAUUUGAUUUUUCCAUUGUUGUUUUUCUGUGUAAAUAAAUGAAGUUUUCUUAAAAA